CUAGGCGUAACCACACUUCUCACUUGGACACAGGGAGGAAAUAAUGUGUAUGUGACAGGUACAUUCAAUGGAUGGAAACACAAGAUAAAGCUGGUGAAAAGUACACAUGACUUUAAUGUUGUGUUGGAAUUACCGCCAGGAACACAUCGGUUAAAGUUUAUAGUGGAUGACGAAUGGAAAUGUUCAAAUGACUUGGAAACGGCGACUGAUCCAAAAGGAAAUCUGGUCAACUACAUUCGGGUGAUGGAUGAGGAUGAAGACUCUACCGAUGAAUUCAAUAGUCCUAGUAAAGGCCUGGAUCGGUCGGGUGCUUCUACUCCUGAAGAGGAAUAUACCUCCAAGGUCCCCUCUGAUCUUUUGGCUCUUGCUACAGCUAUGGCUUCUGCAGAAGACGACAAAAACCGUAUGGCGGCUCUAGAGUGGGAACGAAAGCAACCCCAGCCUCCAGGCCUACCUCCUCACCUUGAGAAAGUCUUGUUGAAUUCGCAAGCUGUGAGCGAAGAAGACAACUCCGUUCUCAUGGAGCCAAAUCAUGUGACACUGAAUCAUCUGUACGCCUGUUCCAUUAAAGAUCAGGUCAUGGCACUCUCUACUACGACACGGUAUCGUAAAAAGGUAAUAAGUCAAGGAGAUAUGUGA